AUGCUCGCUGGAGGGAAUUCCGGGGUGCCGCUGCUGUUUGGGGUUGCUGCCGUGUCGUUGGCGACCGGGUUUUACAUUGGCCAGUCCGUAACGGGUCCCGCUCCCGUUGCAGACCUCGAAGACGAUGAGGAGUCCGAGGAGGAAGAAGAGGAGUACGCAGUGGACUCUCGGGAGCUGAACGAGGUGCCAGGGGAGGUGCGGAUGGCGUUAGUCGUGCGGCAGGACCUGGGCAUGCAGCGCGGGAAGAUCGCCGCACAGUGCUGCCACGCAGCGGUCGCUUGCUACCGACUCAUCGCGGCAGACCCGGCUCGGGAGUCGUAUAACCCGCAACUGCUAAACCGCUGGCUGCGUGGUGGACAGGCGAAGAUUACGCUCAAGUGCCCAGAUAAGGGCUCCCUCGACGAACUGUACGCUGCGGCCAUUGCGCUCGGUGUGAACGCCAGUGUCGUCCACGACGCCGGAAGGACGCAGAUCGCUGCAGGGUCUGCCACCGUUCUGGGUCUGGGACCGGCCCCUAAGAGUGUGCUUGAUCAGAUCACUGGAGACCUGAAAUUGUACUGA